CAGGUUGGUUAGCUAACUGGAGUGAGUGUUGAGGGCAAGCAAAGUUUCCUAUUCUUCGGCAGUUCAUCUAGCUGAAGCUGAGUGAAAAAGACCGAGGAAAAAUGGCAGCCAGUAGCGCAACACCGUUAAUAGUCCGGCUGGUUUCGGCCUCUGUGGCAAUUGCCAACAGAGCGGGGAGCAUCAUCAGAAAAAUCAUGAAGGACGGUUCUCUGAAUAUUGUCCAGAAGGGAGGAGAGGGUAUCUUUGAUCCUCAGACGGAGGCAGACAGGAGAGCCCAAUAUUGCAUCGUGGCAUCACUGGUUACAAGAUUCCCCGGAAUCACUGUUAUUGGAGAGGAGGAAUUGGAGAAAGAGAGGAUAGAAGACAGGCAAGUUGAGAUGGGUGAAUCGGAGGAGGUUCUUGGAGUGCAGUGUCCUGCUCAAUAUCAAGACAUCGAUCUUAAGGAUGUUGUUGUGUGGGUGGAUCCUGUCGAUGGAACUACAGAAUAUACUCAGGGUUUCUUGGACCACGUUACCGUUUUAAUAGGAGUAGCCGUCAAAGGAAUCGCUGUGGCUGGAGUCAUCCACCAACCGUACUUCAACUACAAAGAGAAACCAGUAAUUGAGCAGGGCCGUACCAUGUGGGGUAUUCUCGGACUCGGCGGGUUCGGAUUCGAGCACAAAGACUUACCUCAACGAGUGAUUACGACGACACGGUCACACCUAACGGAGGACGUACAGAAGACGAUAGAUGCCAUGAAACCGGAUGAGAUCCUGAGGGUUGGAGGUGCCGGGCACAAGGUGAUUUUGCUGUUGGAAGGUAGAGCCAGUGCCUACAUUUUCGCUAGUCGGGGUUGCAAGAAAUGGGACACUUGUGCACCCGAGGCCAUCUUGCACGCUGUUGGGGGUAAACUGACAGAUUGUCACAAUCACAGCUAUCAAUAUCACAAAGAUGUUGAGCAUCAAAAUACGGGUGGCGUCAUUGCAGCCUUCAACAACCAUCAGUUCUACAUCGAGAGAGUACCAGAAUCUAUACGAGACAAACUACCAACACAGGUUCCGAGUGAGUGACCUUGCUACCCUACCAAAGAAGAGAAAAUACCCAAAACCAAAUCAAUGCUGUGAUUGUAUAGAAUUUGGGGGGCAGUCGAGUUUCCACAUGCAGGAAGUACUGUGGAUGAAAAAACAUGGGGGGCUUUGGUAAAAAAAUGUAAAUCGUAUACCACUAAUUGGUUGUUGGAGUUAGUGCGGCUUUAAAAGGAGUAGUGUAAUCCUGGCGGAAGAGAGGAUGAGGAGGAGGGUCAUAGAAGGGUUCGAACCUUUCACCGAGCAGUUGAACAUCACAAUGAUAUACUUGCAUUAUGCUGUAGCUGUCUGUUAAACCAUUAUUUGAAUGUGAUUGAAGGCGAGGCUUUUGUGGUUGGUAUUCUGUCUUGGGAACUCAAUGCUUUCGGGAUUGUCUUGCAGUCUGGGUGCAAGACAAAGCUAGCUAGGUACAGCAAAGCAUUCAAAUCCAGUCAAAGCCAAUUUUUUUCUUCUUUGAUUCUUAAGGCAAAUAAACAUUUUAGUGUUACAGAAUUCUCUUAGCGAUGUGAUUAAAGGCACGGUUAUCUCAUAAUCGCCUCUUUCACCCAUUCAAGGAGCUUAGUUACACAAAUCAUUCAUUCUUUUGGUUCAGGUGGUAUAAGAUUUAAAAGAUAUGCAAAGAAACAAAUCUUAUUUGGUUUGGGAGAUAACAAAAUAAAUACUAUGCUCUAAAUUUGUUUCAGAAUGGGCAUAUAUUUUAAAGAUACUCUCCUUCCAAAGUGACUAAAGAUCAAGUGGAAAAGAAAUUCUCUAUUACCAAAGAAUUAUUGUUGAGCAAAUGAUUCUCAAGAAUAUUGUUUGAACAAAAAUGGAUAGAGGCUUAAUCACAUUCACCCCCACCCCCCCUUUCACACUGCUAAGCAAAUAGGGGGAGACAUUCAAACUUUACCAAUGUUGUCCGUGUUCUUUGGAGAAAAAGAAAAGAAAAAAAGACUUUGCAAAAGAAAGUGUGAUGUUCAACUGCCGCUCAUUGUGAUUAGGUAAAUUUUAAACUAGGUGUACUCUAUGCAGCUCACAGAUAUAUAUACUGGUAUAUGUACUAUACAAAAUGUGGUAUGCAUGCGACAUGAUGGAACUUUUUUCAGCUUCCUGCUAGUGAGAAUGUCCGAGACUGAAUGUGAAUUUAUUUUGUAGUCCGUUCUAAAUACGGUUUCCCUGGCCCAAAGAUCACAGUGAUUUUUUGGGUGAUAUUGAAAUGUAAGUAGACCACCUUUGGCUUACCGCUUGUCGCACAGCAAUUUAUGAGCGCAAUUUAGGGAAAGAUAAUGAGCUUGAUGAUUAUUUAGUUUGUUGGACCUUCUUUGUUGAUGUGUGUUCCAGUGUGUGCACUUUGUCUGCGCUGUUAGUGAGUGAACUUACAAGCUUAUUGGGUUGCCCAGCCAUUUUGGGGCGUGCAACUUAUAAUGCUUCCUGUUUGGAAAAGUCAGAACUUUUUCAAAAGUCUUUUUUAACAAAAAUCAGUAAUUGUCAAGGAAAUUAUUUCAUGAGGCUACAAAGUUUACAACCUUGUCAAUCCUAACCCCUCUCUCCUCAGAAACUACACAAAGGAAAAUGCUUGAAACAAAAGCAUUGAUGCAAAAUAAAAAUAUAUAAUUUUGAACAAAGUCUGUGAGAAAUGUUUCAUUUAUCACAUAUGUACCACCGGAAUAAAAUUGUGAGCAAACACUGCCUACAGACUCUGAACAGUCAAUAAAAGUUGUUUCAAAAUAAAUUCAUAUUCAGUCUCAUGAAUAAAACAAAAUAAAAAUAUCUUAUUUUUUUGUAAAAAAAUGUAAGGGAAAAAUAUAUUUUGAUUUCCUGUUGAGUGGUUUUUUUCAUUAAUGUUAUUUUAAAUCAAGUUUAUCCCUUCCCAUUGUAGUUCACAAAGUUUUCAAAAUAGAAAAAAAAAAUAUAUAUCUGGGUUUAUUCUUGUACAUAUUAUCUUAAAAGAACCAAAAAUAUAAUUUUAAUUGUUAUUUCCAAUAAACUUGCAAACGUAUUUGGUAUCUUAGAAAAUUAUCAGGAAUCGAUGUCAAUAUUCUACUUAUCUCAGAGUUAUUCAAAAGAUAUUAUUUUCAAGAUUGAAGAAUACUUAUUGAUGAGUUUAUUGUAAUAGAGCGGUUAGUAGGAUGUUUAUUAAAGGAACACGUUGCCUUGGAUCGGACGAGUUGGUCUAUGAAAAG